UUUGCGCAAAAGAGUACAAAAGCUGACGGCUGUUACAUAUAAUUUUUGUAAAAGCAUAAAUUAUGUAUUAAAACUUCAAAAUGAUGCAACUACUACUGUUUUUUAAAGUAUAGUGAACGCAAAAAUAACUUUAUUAUAAAUAAAACAAUAUUGUUUUCUCGUUAUCUUUUUAUCCACCCCAACCCAUCGUCAUCGCCAUCGAUCACCACGCGGAGCCUCGCACAUGUCUCGCCGACGAAGUUUGUGUUGUGGUGUCGCAGUUGUGCUGUCAGCAGCAAUUGGCACGUGUUUUUGACACCAAUCGCGACAUCCCGACAUCCCGACACGAUGUAUGCCUUUGUGCGCUUCAGGGAUGAUGGCAUGAAGGUAGCUGUGGCCGUCGAGCGCAUAAAGAAUUUUUGUCCGAGAAAUCUCAGGGACUUCAACUCCACAAAAUGGUAUGGAGUGCGCUGGGAAGACGAAGAAAACAGCGGCUAUUUCCGGGCCCAGAUUAUGAAGCUGUUUGCAACCAAGGAGGAGGCCGAUGCUUGCACGGAAGGUGUGGACAAGCGCUUUUCGUGCCCGAAAAUGCCCCUCUACAGUGAUUCGGAAGAAGAUUCUUUCACCAGCCAGGAAUCCUUCCGAGAGGAGAAGAAGAACAAACAAAAGGCCAAGUCUCGCCAAAAGAAUGUUGAGGCGGCAUUUAGGAAGAAGAACAUGCAAAUUCUCUUUCCUGAGGAACAGGACUCUAGGACGAACGAACUGGAGCAGGAAGUGUUGAAGCUAAAAUCGGAAAAUUCAAAACUCUCUGCAAGAAUAGAGAUGCUGGAGAAAGCUCUGUGCAGCAAGAUCUUCGAUGCAGAGAAACAUAAGAGCUCGGAAAGUGGUCAAAAAGCUCCACCCGCAAACGUUAGGAAGGCGCAGGAGCCCUCCGGAAGUCCCAAUGGACCGAAACCAGCCCAGCAGCCCUUAAGGAGUCUUCCUGAACCAUUCCUGCCCUCUGGAAGAGUAGAUGAAAUGAAGCGGAACGCAGAAUCAGUAUCGUUCAGUAACGAUAAAAGUGGCGAGCCAAAAUCUAAAAAUUUGGCAGCUUCCCUGUAUGAAACUGCUGAAGGACAAGUACACUUGGGAAAGGACGUCUACGUCGCGGAGGCUCUGUAUAACCGCCUCAUGGCUGCCAAGACUGACAGCCGAUUUGUCCGGGAAGCUGCUGUGGCCAUUUUCUCCACAGCAGGCUUGGCUGGCCACAGUGUCACCGGGGCAAUGUCCAACCGGACAAAAACUGGCGCAAAGCCAGCGUUGGACAAGACGAAGUAUUCAGUAUUGAGUGGUAUGUUUAAUCUAAGUAUUUAUACCUAAGUCUUAUUUAU